CGAGAGAGUCAUCUGCUGGAUGUGAGUGACGAGUGAGUGACGAGAGGAGAACGCGUGGCUGGCUGACUGACUGAAUUUUUGGUUUCCGAAAAAAAGGAAUUGAUCAUAGAUUCGAAUCAAGAUGGGGACUCCACCGAUAAUUAAAAAUUCUCAGGUGUCUGUGCAUCGGCAUUAUCAACAUGUCAUUGAUAGUGUGAUCCGCAAUAUGUCUGCGACUUUUUUGGACGCAGGGAUAGAUCAAAGCGUCCUUGUCGAGUUGGGUGUCCAGUGGCGAAAAAAUUUGGCCGAAAUGGGAACUGUGACGGAUUUCAAGGACAACAGGGUCAUAGAGGAUAGCGAAAUCCCAUCGACAUCAGCGGGGCCUUCGUCCUCAAUGAACGAUAUAGCGAAAGGGGAUGUUGUCUACAUCCUUCCACCCGCGCAGAAUGUUGGUGUUCCUGUAGUAAUCCAACCUGUCAGUGAGGAUGGGCCGAGUGUAACUGUAACGGUCCCGGUGGCAGCUCUACAUGGAGGAAUAUUACGGCAAAUCAUUUCCGUGCCCGGAAUGUUUGAAGUUUCGGGCGAGCAAGAUUUCACUACGGUCGUGCAAGCCAGAGUGAAUGAAGAAUUGCGCAAGCGUGGGCUUCACAUUAUCGAAGGGCGAGUACCCAAGAAGAGCAGGGGGAUUGGACGUCGUGGACGUGGAGGGAGGGGUGUUGCUAGAGGGAGAGGACGCGGCCGUGGUCGUGGUAGAUUUAGCAAAAUUGCUACCAGUGCCACCAGCGAUGAAGAUGAAAGCGAUGUGGAUGACGAAGAGGAAAUUGAGCGUAAGCCUGCUGGUCGCGGAGGAAGGGGCGGUGCUAGAGGGAGGGGACGCGGUCGUGGUCGUGGCCGGGGUGGAUCUAGCAAAAUUGAUACUCGUGAGUCAAGCGAUAAAGAAGACGACGACAUGGAUGAUGACCAGGGUAUUAAGCUUCAGCCUGGUCGUGGAGGGAGAGGUGCUGCUAGAGGGAGGGGCCGAGGUCGACCCAGCAAAAUUGAGACUCGAGACGCAAGCGACAAUGAAGACACGAGCGACAAAAAUGAAAACAACAUUGAUGAUAAGCAAGAAAUUGAGCCUCAAAUUGGUCGUGGUCGUGGUGAAUCAAGCAAAAUUGCUACUCGUGACACGAGCGAUAAAGAAGAAAGCGACACGGAUGAUAAGCAAGAAAUUGUGGCUCAGGCUGGUCGUGGUGGAUCAAGCAAAAUUGCUACUCGUGACACGAGCGAUAAAGAAGAAAAUGACAUGGACGAUAAGCAAGAAAUUGUGCGUCAGGCUGGUCGUGAAGGAAAAGGUUCUGCCAGAGGGAGGGGACGCGGUCGUGGGCGAGGUCAAGGUCGACCUAGCAAAAUUGAAACUCUUGAGACAAGCGAUAAAGAAGAAGACGACAUGGAUGAUGAGCAAGAAACUGAGCUUAAGCCUGGUCGUGGAGGAAGGGGCGCUGCUAGAGGGAGGGGACGCGGUCGAGGUCGUGGUAAAUCUAGCAAAAUUGCUACUCGUGACUCCAGCGAUGAAGAAGAUAACGACAAGGAUGAUGAGCAAGAAACUGAGCCCAAGCCUGGUCGUGGAGGGAGGGGACGCGGUCGCGGCCGUGGUCGUGGUCGAUCUAGCAAAGUUGCUCUUCGCGCCACAAGCGACAAAGACGAAAGCGACGUGGAUGAUAAAGAGGAAAUUGAGGUUAAGCCUGGUCGUGGAGGGAGGGGACGCGCUCGAUCUAGCAGAAUUGCCACUCGUGACACCAGCGAUAAAGAAGAAGACGACAUGGAUAAUGAGCAAGAAACUGAGCUUCAGUCUGGUCGUGGAGGGAAGGGCGCUGCUAGAGGAAGGGGACGCGGUCGUGGUCGACCUGGCAAAAUUUCUGCUCGCGCCACAAGCGACAAAGACGAAAGCGAUGUGGAUGAGCCACAGGAGAUCACGUUUGAGCCUCGUCGUGGAGGGAGAGGUGCUGGAAGAGGGAGGGGGCGUGGCCGUGGCCGUGGCCGGAAACGUGCUCUUGAAGACGAGCAAAUCCCUCAGCUGGAUGGUGGGCUCGAUUCAGAGUCGGAUGACGAAGAUAUGGAUUGUAUCGAUGAAGAGGAAGAAGAACUUAACAAGGCUGCGGCGGAAUACCGAGCCUAUUUCGCAGAACAACGGGAAAAGAUGUAUACUCAGGAUAACUUGAUCAUUUGCCAGUAUGAAAAGAUCAUCCGGAAAGGAUACUCGUGGAAAUUCGUCGUCAAAGAUGGCAUCAUGAAGAUCAACGGAAAAGACUACGUCUUCGGUUUCGGAAAGGGCGAAACGGGCGAAGCUCCAGAAGUUAAACCGGUUGGAUGGGUGCCUCCGAUUCCGAAGGCGGCUGCGCUGGAAAUUCUUCCCGCGGCUGGAGCGGUACCCGCGGCUGGAGCGGUACCCGCGGCGGAAGCAGUACCCACGGUCUCGUCUGUACUCCCAGCCAACUUGGAACUCCCACCCGGCGUUUCAAGUGUUACUUUCCAAAUCUAAUCCCUAUUUCGCCCAACUCUGAAAGGCCACUAUUUUUAUUGUUAUUUGUGGUCUUAACUUUUAUUUCUUUUAUAAUUUAUUACUGAUCCAUCUUGUUUACCGUUUUUGUCACUUUGUUUAACAUUUUGGCAGUAAUUAUAAACAAUGUAUUGUUGAUCUUACAAAA